AUGUCAUCCUCAAAUACAAUCACCACUGAAGCUGAUAUUAUUAAAGCAGAUGGGAUAAUAUUUUAUCAAAUCUGGUGUUAUUCCAUGUUCACUUUUGGCAUUAUUGGUCAUACACUAAGUAUCUAUGUAUUUACACGUACAGUACUUCGCUCAAAUCCAUGUUCAAGAUACUUUUUGGCAUCAACAAUCAGUGGCUCUUGUGUCGUUAUGAUUACUAUACCUUUACGAUUACUGCAGCUCCGAUAUAAUAUAAAUGUUUUUACAAAUUCAAUCAUAGUAUGUAAAAUUGUUACAUUGCUUCUGAAUUGGACCAGAGCACAAAAUGCAUGGUUCACUGCUAUGGCCUGUGCCGAUCGAUUUUUAUGCAGUUCAGCGUCUACAACCCUUCGUGGCUUCAGUAGUCUUCGUGUUACUUAUCGCACUAUUCCUCUUGCAAUUCUAAUAGUUGGUCUCGGAUAUAUUCAUGUGCCCAUCUACUAUCAAAUUAAUACACGUCAACAAACAUGCGUUCCGAUACCAGGCAUAUAUCAAACCUUUGUUGGAGUAUGGAAUUUAGUUGAAUUUAGUUUGGGUCCACCAAUCGCAAUGCUUUAUUUUGGUCUAGGCACUGUGAAAAAUGUUCGCCAGUCAGUCGGACGCAUUGCACCAAAUAGUAUUCAAACACUAACUCAAACUCAAAUUCAACAACAACGACGACGAAAGGCAACAGAUCGACAACUAAUUCAAAUGAUGUUUGCUCAAUGUAUUGUAUUUAUUUUAACGGCAAGCCUUCCUUCUGUUCAAUAUAUUUAUGCAUCAGUUAGAGCAAAUGUGACAGUAGAUGCUGUACAGUCAGCAAAGGACAGUUUGUUCUCAAGUAUCGCUAAUUUUGUAUCUCUUUCAGUUCCUUGUAUGAGUUUUUAUUUGUUUACUUUAUCAAGCAAACUCUUUCGAAAUGAACUGAUGAAAUUAUUCAAUGAUUCAUGGCGACCCAAACAAAUAAAUACAACUGGUAUUAAUCCAUCACGAAAAAACUGA